AUGGCGAGUGUUGGCAACAGGUUCUCCGCUGAAGACACGCAUCCUCUGCCCCCAGGAACCUUCAAGUUGAUUCGAGACGAUGGAGGGGAAUUGCAGAACAGGAAGGUUCUGAUGCUCGACCCAGUCCCGACAAAUGAUCCGAAUGAGCCUUUGAACUGGAGCACCCUCCGGAAGUCGGUCAACUAUACUAUCGUCAUGGGCAUGACGAUUAUCAUCUUUACAGCUCUCUCCAUCCAGCAGAUCUUCUGGCAACAGAUGAUUGUCGAUCUCCAUGUGACCUACAGCCAGCUCAACCAGUCGAUGUCUGUCAACUUCGUUGGACUGGCCAUGGGCUGCGUGCUUUUCAUCCCUCUGGCAAAGAAAUACGGUCGGCGACCAAUUUACAUUGUCUCCACAGCCUUGAUGCUAGUGACAUCGUUCUGGACCUCCAGACUGGAAAGCUUGGCAGAGCUCUACAUUUGCAACCUUCUGCAAGGUCUGGCCGGUGCAACAAACGAAGCUAUUGCAGAAAUCACCAUUGCGGAUCUCUUCUUCGUGCACCACCGAGGCACCAUGAAUGGUCUUUACAUGAUCAUGGUUAUGAUUGGCAGCUUCCUGACACCCAUGGCAGCGGGUGCCCAGGCCACAAGACAGGGAUGGCGCUGGUCCUAUAAGACAAUGGGAAUUUUCAACGCGGUCUUCUUGGUUCUGUUCAUCUUUUUCUACGAGGAGACCAAAUACGUCCCCGUCCUCACAGGACGGGAGAGUAUUACUCCCACGGCAGAUGAGGAACACCCCGUUUCGAAGGAUCUCGACAUAAAAAGUCCCCUUCAAGAUGAGACCAAGUUUUCUGCUCCCGUCGAACCCAGCAGCGACCAUCAUGAGCUCGACCUCACAAUCCCCAUGAACCCAUGGACCAGACGCCUGGCUCUCGUAACCCAAACCCCAGAAUCCAUCUGGCCAUACUACUACCGCCCAUUUAUCGUCCUCAUAUCCUUCCCCGCCAUCAUGUUUACCGCCCUCCAAUACGCCGCCGGCGUAGCCUGGCUCACCAUAACCGCCAGCGUCCUCGCCCUCGUAUUCCCCCUCCCACCGUACAACUUCACCCCCGAACAAAUCGGCUUUAUGAGCGUGGGCCCAUUCAUUGGGAACUUAAUUGGAUCCGUGUACGGCGGCGUGCUUGGCGACUGGUCCAUUAAGUUCUUUUCGAGAAGGAACAAGGGCUUCUACGAGCCGGAGAUGCGUCUGUACAUUCUUCAUUUCCCAGCGUUAUUUAUGGCUGGUGGACUUAUUAUGUUUGGGACUACUAUAUCUCGGGGAAUGCACUGGAUUUAUCCCAGUAUUGCUGGUGCGUUUUUCGGAUUUGGUCUGGGAGGUGUGGGUGAUGCUGUUUUGACACUGGUUAUUGACAGCUAUCGCGAUAUUACCGGCGACGCAUUCACGGGCAUUGCAUUUAUCCGCAAUGCCGUCAGCAUUGGUAUUCCAUUUGCCAUCACACCAUGGAUGGAACGGGAUGGUCUCCAGAACAUGUUCAUUGCCACGGGAUUCAUUAGUCUGGCCAUCACAGGCCUGAUUAUUCCGAUGGUUAUCUGGGGUAAGGAUUCUCGUCGCAAGCUAGCAGGCAAGUAUUAUCGCUUCGCUGAAAUGCAGGGUCAUAAUGUCUCUACUUAA